AUGAUCGUCCAUAUUCAAAACCCGAGAGAAGGUGAGAAGACGGAGAAGAUUGCACGCGAGAUGGUCGGUCAUCGUGCGUUUGUCGGAUGGCCAUUCGUCCACGAAGCAAUGGUUGUUGCUGUGUCUGAUCAUUUGUUCAAGUAUGAGCAAGUUUCCUUUGGCGAUGGGCGUUCAACGCGAGUGCUCAGUAAUCCACAUACACCGCAAGCGAUCAACUUUUGGAAGGCAAAAGCGGAAAAGAUCGAACACUUUUAUUCGAAGCGGCUGGGAGUAAUUACGGGUCCUGUUGAGGUGUUACUUCAUGUUCGACCUCUGAAAGGGUUAAAACGUCUUGAUACUGGAGCGUUCGUUAAGAAAUAUGAAGGGCAGGACAACGAGUUUGAGCAGGCUCUACAGAUGGUUCUGCCUCAAGUUAUAUCGGAAGAUCCGCGCUUCAUGGAGAAAGAGGCACCUCCACUCUCCGAGGAGUUCCCAACAGGUUCCAAGGUAUUCUUCCUCGGCGACCAUGCAUACGGGGUCGCGGCGCAGGUAUCUGAGACGACGGUCAAGUCACUUUCAGUCAUGCUAGCAUUCUUCCCUAGUGAAAAAGCUGAAGUCGACAAGUUUAAGGCCGUAGUCGCGAACAGACUCGGUGCCCGAUAUUAUCCGUCAUAUAGGGUGGCAGAGCAAGUCGGCAUCUCCGGUCAUGCGCUCUCUAAGAUUACCUCGAGUUUCCUGGUCUUGACGUCAGACGGGCAAAAGACUAAUCUUGGAUUGAGUCUGAAGUUUGAAGCGAAGAGUUUGAAGGUUCUUGGCUAUUCUCGUAAGAAUGGGCGCUUCUGGGAGUUCAGUGAAAAGGCUAUCGAGCUUAUUCGAGAGUAUAAGGACGCAUUCCCUGAACUGUUCCAAAAGUUGAUUAAUAGCGGUGACCAUAUUGCGCGAGCCUCGGAUAUCUUUACCGGCGAUAAGCCCGACGCGCAGGUCCGCGAGGCAAAAACCUGGUUGAGCAAGAAGGGCGUCCGAGACCUCGAAGCUGUUUCCCUGUUCUGCGAUCAGCUCGACAAAGAAUGCGUUAUUCAGGUUGUCGAGCUUGCGGAUGAAUGUACUAAGAACAAAAUCCCGGGAACGAUCAAAAAAGCAAUUGUGAAAGGUAUCCCGCGUCAAGCCAUCUUGAAGCCCUCGCAUGCUGUAUAUCGCUUGCAAAACCAGACGUUCUCGUUGGGUGAUCGAGUGGUGAUGGUGAAAGAUUCUGGUAGCGUCCCGCUAGCAGUAAAGGGUAUUGUUGUUGGAUUAAAUGCCAAAUCGUUGGAUGUUGCGUGGGAUGUGCCGUUCAUGUCAGGAACGACGCUCGGUGGCCGUUGUCCAUUGUAUAGAGGGUCAACAGUCGAGUUCAAUACUUGUCUAAACUUAACUAGGCAGCAGUUUAUCGUUUCCACAAAUCCGAAUGCCCACGCCGCCCAACAACAGAAACCUGCAUUCUAUCAGCAGCGUGGGGAGCAGCCUCGAAUUGGACCCUAUCCCGCUGUGCAGCCACCGCGAGGGCAGGCUCCUGCGGCUGGCUUCCAUCCAGCUCCAAACAGGGGUGCCCCGCCAAUGCGUAUCAUGACAAACCCAAAUCGGGGCCGAGGAGGUGCUCCUCGCGGCGGGCCGUGGAAAGUCAAUGGCGAACCGCACGUUAAUGGGAACAACAAUCCCAAUGGUAACGUUAGUCAUGUCCGGUCACAACCAAGCCUGCCGCAGACGCAAGCCGAAGAGAACGAUGAAUCAAUUGACGGUCCUUCUGCCGCAAAUUCGACCCCAGUUCCACAGGGAUCUCGAGGCGGUUUCCGAGGCGGACGCGGUCAUCAUCGCGGAGGUCCACCUUACGUUCCUACACACGCACCUCAACAUUCCUUCGGCGCGCCCACAAGGGGCUUCCUCCAUCCUCGUGGACGUACCUUUGAUCGGGGACGAGGCAUGCAGACUGGUCACCCCCGUGCGGGUCGUGGACGGGCGAGAGGACGAGGUGCUCCGCGGCCACCGUCGGCACAGAGUUCUCAGGAGGUCUCGAGCUGA